AGAUUUGCUAGCAAUUAUUGGUAAAUUCUUCGAUCCAUAUGGAAUUUUUGAUCCUUGGAAAUUGAAAUUGCGUCUCUUAUAUCGUACUGUCAUAAAAAAUGAAUGGGAUAGUCCAAUUUCGAAUGAAAUUAAAAAUCAAAUCGAUCUGCAUUUGCAAGAUGCAAAUCAGCUAUCGAAAUUGAAAAUGGAUCGAUGUGUACCAUCGAAUGGCGAAAUACACGGAUUUUCUGACGCAUCAACUUCAGCUUAUGGAUAUGUCGUAUUUUUGAAAAAAGAUGAUGAAUUCCACUAUUUAUUCGGAAAAUCAAAAAUAAAAUGACAAUCUGGUCAGAUUCCAAAAUUAAUUUGUGUCGUUUUAAUCUAUCACCAAAUGGACAGAAUCGAAAAAUUGCUUCUCAAUUAAUGAAAACUUUGAAAAUUAUUAAUGAUUUGAAUAUAUCGAUCAGACACAUUAAUAGCCAUCGUAAUCCAGCUGAUCUGUUCAGUAGAAUCGUAGAUACGAAACAAUUUUUGAAACUUUUCCGAUUUCGUAUAAAUUCGAAUGAAUUUGAUUUUUCUGAUGCAAAUUUGUUUAAUGUUUAUCGAAUUUCUUCAAUUGCCAUCAAGAAUUUCGAUUAUCAGAAUUCAGUUGACGAUUUUGAAAAGUUGAAGUCUAUGGAUCAAAUUAUUGAUUUCGUGAAAAAAUUAUUACCAGCUGGAAACACUGCUAAUGAUCGUUGGAAUUUGAUUCAUAGAUUAGCCCAAUAUGGUCACGAUUUGGAAGAAAUUAAAUUACCAUUCAUUCCCGGAGAAAUUAUUACGAUAAAAACUCGUGAUCCUAAUUUUUGCCCGAUUUGGAUACCUAAACAAUCUUGUUUAACUCAAGCUUUGAUUAAAGAACAUCAUGAAUCAACUAUGCAUGGAGGAAUCAGAACAACCAUGGCUAGUAUCCAAUCUAAAUAUCAUAUACAGAAUUUAUAUCGCCUGGUGAAGAAAUAUGUUUUUUAUUGUGAAUUAUGUCGAAAAGAAAAGCGGAAGCCUAUAAUUCAACCUUUCGCUCCUUUACCAUCAACACGAACGAAUUUUGCGGCACCGUUUGAGGCUAUUUGUGUCGAUUUCUUUGGUCCUUUACACUAUCGUAAUAAUAAAAAAUUCUAUGGUUUGAUUGUAACAUGUUUGGUUACACGAAUGAUCAAGAUCGAAAUUGUUAAUUCGAUGAAUGCCAAUGUCACAUUGACAGCUCUCAACAACAUCUUUCUUCGUUGCGGAACUCCUUUAGUGAUUUAUAGUGACAAUGGUACCAGUUUCGUCCGUUGUAACAAAGAAAUUCAAAAAUUUUUUGAUCAUUUACAAAAAAUUAGCGAAGUAGAUAAUCGUCGUAUCGAAUGGAAAUUUUCGCCUCCGAAUGCUCCGUGGUAUAACGGUACUGCAGAACGGUUGAUAGCAGUCGUCAAGAGAUGUUUACGAACUUUGGACAAUGAAUUUAAAUCUACUGAAGAUGCGCACAACAUGUUUUUGAAAAUAGAAUCGAUUAUAAAUAAUAGACCGAUUAUUCAGAAUGAUGAGCGUUGGAUCUCUCCUUUUGAAUUAGCAUAUGGUCGUAAACAGGAGCCCCUAAUCAAAAAUGAUCUCGAAAUUGGACCAAACAAUAAUUGGUUGAAUCAUUUGUCAAAUAUUCGUAAAAAAUUUGAAAAAUUUUGGAAACACCAAUACUUAGCUUCUCUAAUUCAAUCUAAUCCUCCAUCGCCUACCGAUAUAAAUAUAAACGAUUUGGUCUUGGUUCCUUCUGAAUUCCGUAAACGAAAAGAUUGGCCAAUAGCCAAAAUUACUGAAGCAAUUAAAAGUUCUGAUGGUGUUGUUCGAGCAGUGAAAAUAAAAUUUUUGGACAAUAACAAUGAAUUUAUCAGACCUACUAAUGGUCUCGUCUUAUUGAAAUCGCCGGGGGAGUGUUAA